AUGGCAGGCGAAGAGGCACCGACAACACCUCAUGUUCUUGUGAUUGGUGGUUGUGGAUUCCUUGGAUGCCACAUUGUCCAAGCCUUUCUGGCACACAACCCGACGUGGAAAGUUUCCGUUGCGAGUCGUUCACCUACGCAUAAUCUCCGCGAUGAAGCAGAUUAUUACGCGGUAGAUAUCUCGAAGAGGAUGGAACUCGAAAGUCUUCUACUCAAAUUACUUCCAACAAUUAUUGUCAACUCUGCUUCUCCGCUUGCUCAUGCGGGUGCUCAAGCGUCCACGUCUACUACCAUUGAAGGCGCCGCAUUAUCUCUAAAUUUGGCCGCUGAGAUACCAGCCAUCAAUAGUUACAUCUACAUAUCUAGUGCCUCAAUCGCCUCUGGAAUGCCAUUUUCGUUGCUACCCGAAUCUGACGCCAAGUUAAUCAACCCAGAAACGAAUCAUGAUCCGUAUUCAGCAGCGAAGGCUACCGCAGACUCCAUGGUUCUCGCUGCGAAUCAACCCUUCAAAUUGCUUACUGCUGUUUUGAGGCCUUCUGGAAUCAUCGGCGAGCAUGAUGCACAAGUGAUCCCCAGUUUGAUAGGGGGAAUGAAGCAAGGCAUGGCACGGUUCCAAUUCGGAGACGGGAAGAACAAGUUUGAUUUCGUAUAUGCUGGCAAUGUUGCCGAUGCAACUGUAUGUUGUGCAAAAGCAUUGAUGAAAGAGCAUACCGAGAAAUUGCAAGGUGGUGACAAGACCGUCGCUGGGGAAGCAUUUUGGAUCACGAAUGGGGAACCAAUGGAGUUUUGGAGUUUCGCAAGACUGGUUUGGAGGCUUGCAGGCGAUCGUACUCCACCAGAAAAGAUCAUAACCAUUCCGAUGUGGUUGAUGUUUUUUAUGGCUGGAAUAGCUGAGUGGGUUGCGUGGAUGCUGAGUGCUGGGAAACGAAGACCACAAAAGUUCAACAAGAGUCAGAUGCAGAAUUGCAGUAUGGAUCGCACUUUUGAUGUUUCGAAGGCGAGAGAGCGAUUGGAUUGGGAACCAAAAGUCACAUUGGAGGAGGGAGCUAGGAGAGGUGUGGAGUGGGCAAUCAAAGGAAGUCAAUGA